UCACCUUCAAAAAUGAUCACACCACGACUGGGAGUUUACUUGUGAAACAGAGAGAGCUUACACAAUCAUGGCGGUGCUUCUUUACGAUUAUACUGUUCCUCUGUUACUUCUUCUUCUCUCACAGACUGUAAGCAUCGCCAACUCGGAAUCGUUCAUAGGUAUAAAUUAUGGCCAAGUUGCAGACAACCUGCCACCGCCGUCAGCCACUGCAAAACUUCUCCAAUCUACGUCAAUUCAGAAGGUUAGGUUAUACGGGUCGGACCCUGCUAUAAUCAAAGCCUUAGCCAAUACCGGAGUUGGAAUCACUAUUGGUGCUUCCAAUGGGGACAUUCCUGCAUUAGCCUCUGAUCCAAAUUUCGCCAAGAACUGGGUCAGUACCAACGUGCUUCCAUUUUAUCCAGCCAGCCAAAUCACACUCAUCACUGUAGGCAAUGAGGUUAUAAUAUCUGGUGACCAGAAUCUCAUGUCGAAGCUUCUGCCGGCAAUGCAAAAUGUUCAGAAUGCUCUGAAUGAAGCAUCUCUUGGUGGUAAGAUUAAAGUAUCCACAGUUCACGCGAUGGCCGUGCUUAAGAAUUCAGAGCCACCUUCUGCUGGAAGCUUUGAUCCAAGUUUUGUAGAUUUGUUGAAGGGAUUGUUGAGUUUUAACAAUGCAACUGGUUCUCCUUUUGCGAUCAACCCUUACCCGUAUUUUGCUUACCAGAGCGAUCCAAGGCCUGAGACAUUAGCUUUUUGCCUCUUCCAGCCGAAUUCAGGACGUUUAGAUGGAAACACCAAGAUUAAUUAUAUGAACAUGUUUGAUGCUCAGGUUGAUGCUGUUUAUUCUGCUUUGAAUUCUAUGGGUUUUAAGAAUGUUGAGAUAGUGGUUGCUGAGACUGGAUGGCCAUAUAAGGGAGACAGCAAUGAAGUAGGGCCAAGUAUCGAAAAUGCUAAAGCUUACAAUGGCAAUUUGAUUGCCCACCUUAGAUCAAAUGUGGGUACUCCAUUGAUGCCAGGAAAAUCAGUGGAUACAUUUCUGUUUGCUUUAUAUGAUGAAAAUUUGAAACCAGGACCUGGUUCCGAGCGAGCAUUUGGACUUUAUAAGUCCGAUCUCACCAUGACUUAUGAUGCCGGACUCUCCAAGGACAGCCAGACUCCGACGACUCCAAAAACUCCAGCGAAUCCAUCACCAUCAACAUCACCAUCAACAAAACCAAAUAAAGCAGGAUGGUGUGUGCCAAAAGACGGUGUUUCAGAUGCCCAAUUGCAGGCUAAUCUUGAUUAUGCUUGUGGACAUGGGAUUGAUUGCAGUCCAAUUCAACCAGGUGGGGCUUGCUUUGAACCAAAUACAGUAGCAUCACACGCUGCUUAUGCCAUGAAUCUACUCUAUCAAAAUUCUGAAAGAAUCGCAGACAAUUGUGAUUUUUCACAAACAGCCACUCUUUCAUCUAAAAACCCGAGCUACAAUGCUUGCACUUACUCUGGGGGAAGCGCCUGAAAAGCUGAGAAAAGACCUUGUAUAAAUGUUAGAUACAAAUAUUUUGCUUGCUUCUGAAGAGAGGUCUAAUUAAUGUAUUCAUAUAUGUAUGUGAAAUUAGAAGCUUAUGUUUUAUGUGUAAUGGAAAAACUUUUUUGAUUGACUAA